AUGUCUGAGCAGGAGUUUCCCUUACUGACAUGGGAGGAGGUCCAUCAGAAUCUAGUACUAUCCAGCCGCAGUCGACCGUCUGUACCGGAUCUCCUGGGUGCUCACAAAAUCACUUCGCUUCUGUCUGCAUCCUCAUACUUACUCCCAGAACGCUCUAUUAGUCCGCAAACAACGACACCUCAACCUCGAACGCAGCUUUACGGCGGCUUUUAUCUGGAAGAUCCGCCUGGUGGGGAUCAGCAGCCCGAAGGGUCGAAACAUAAGUCCUCGAAACGAACCAGAACAGAUAUCGAUCCCACGGAUUGCUCGCUCUCAAGAAAAAGAGGGCGACCUCGCAAGUCAGCUGGAGAAGGAGAAGAUCCUCAUGAGCGACGUCGAAUGCAAAUUCGACUAGCACAGCGGGCAUAUCGUUCCCGCAAGGAAGCCGGCGUUUCUUCCCUCCAAAGCCGCGUACUUAAGCUUGAGACUGCCGUGGAGCAGAUCAGCGCGGCCUUUUUAUCAUUUAGCGAUGAGCUGAUCCAAUCCGAGGUGUUGGCAUCUGAUCCUCGGUUGACCGGCCGUUUACGGGACACAGUACAGCUUUGUCUCUCUUUAGCAAGAGCAGCCAACAUGACAAGCGAUCAAAACAUUGCUACAAACUUAUCAUCACCCAGCGAAGGAAGCCACUCAUCAGAGGAAAAGGAGCCCCAGCGCAGGCAGACUUCUCUCGCAACAUCGCCUCCUUAUAAAGAAUCUAUUGAAAACGAAAAUUCGGGGACACUAUACGCUGCCGGCUUCAAAGGAAUGUCAGAAGAUCAGUAUUCCCCCGAGGCACCUUCCCUGGAGCUGAGCGCGUUUAUCGAACGACUUCAUUUUGCAUGUCUCUAUGAAGGGUACUCAGCCCUCAGCGAUGCCUCUAUUAGCAUGGACAAUCUGCAGAGACCUUUUCGAUUCCUUCUUCGCUUGAUGGAUAGGAAACGCGUAACCUCUUACUUUGAAGCCUGCUUGCAUGCGAAAGCCAGCCGGAAGCGCCUGGAUGAGUGGAAAGAGAUACCCUACUUCAAAAUCGGUGGUGCUGGUACCCAUUAUCCUCGCAAGACGAAGGGAAGCUCAACCGAAACCCUACCACGAUGGGAGAACAUCCAAGAUCCCACAUCAGAGCUACCGCAGGCGGUCCAGCAUGAGCUUGACGGUGAGUGGUUUGAUAUACAGGAUCUAGAGGGAUUUCUCCUGGAAAAUGAAGUGGCAUUUGUUGUGGGCGAUACAAACAAUUCCAGUUAUGAUCGAAAGGUUGUGAACGCGGCACGUUUAAUUCAAGAACUGUUGAAGACGGGUGUCUGCCUUGGUCGGACGCCGGGUUUCCGUCGUAAGGAUGUGGAAGCAGCCCUUCAUGUAGCUAUGUGUUCAUAA